AUGCUACUCGAUCCCUCGGGCUCCACAGUGCCCGAUAUGCUGGUAUCACAACCGGCGGACGGCGGCCACCUGUGGGAGGAAGCUGGGGGAGCUAAUGGUGCCCCAACGGGUUGUACUAACGCGACGGUGGGACGGACCCGGGCGACGUCAAAGAAGCGAGAUGGGCAUACGAAGGUGUACUACCAGGGUUUCUCGUACGCUCGGUCGAACAUCACGAGCGUCAAGAUCUCGUAUCGUUGUAGCUCGUAUCGACAGAAAUGCAAGGCGCGAUUUGUGUACAUGGCUGCAACGGUAUCGUUCGACUUCAGUGAACUCGUCCCCCACACCUGUCGAUCGGGCGCUGCACUUCAAAGCAGGAACGCUCAAGCUGAUGGGAGCCCCUGUGAAGAUGUGAGCGAGGCUGUACUAGAGGAGGUCGACCAGCUCGCUGUUUAA